UUCACAGUCCAGAUCGCUUGGGCAGUGGAAGCUCUCCGGCUGUUUUGGUCCAGCUGAGUCGGCCCAAAAUGACAGCGAAGAAGUCUGGCUCACGACUGGAGACCGAAAUUGAGCGGUGUCGAUCUGAGGCGCAAUGGGACAAAAUCCCGGAGCUGGUGCGGCAGCUUUCAGCCAAACUCAUCUCAAACGAUGAUCUUGGAGAAUUGCUGUUGGGGGAAUGUAAACUGCAGACUUAUCUUAAAGAGAAUCCCAUUAAACAAGGGGCUAGUCCAAGAGGUCCACGGCCCAAACUGGUGGAGGUCAGAAAACACCUCACAGCAGCGUUGGACCGAGGGAACCUAAAGCCUGACUACUUGCAGGAGGCCAGUCUGCUGAUGGCAAAGCUCUGUUAUGUGGAAGGGGACUACAACGAUGCCUUAGGUCACUACAACAAGGUGAAUCUGGAUGAGCUGCAGCUGGGAGGGGCUCCAGUCUAUAGGCUUUCUAUGAUUGCAGAGGCUUAUGCGACUAAAGGCCUUUGUCUUGAAAAGGUGCCUGCCUCCUCUCCAUCUCUGGCUAACAGGAACACUGGCUCUCCAUCAUCUAACAGGGGCACAACAGACAGGGACCAGGAAAUCAUCACAUGCUAUGAAAAAUCAGGAGAUAUUGCUCUUCUCUACCUGCAAGAGGCUGAGAAGGCUUUGUCAGCAGGGAUGCAGAACCGCAGCCCUAAACCAGGUCCAGCUACACAAGAACAAGAGCUAGGUUAUUUUCUGGAGACUGGCCUGCAAAGAGCUCAUGUUAUUCACUUCAAAAAUGGUAACUUGACUCGAGGUGUUGGCCGAUUUCGUGAGAUUCUUCGGGCUGUUGAGACAAGAACCACUCAGAACCUGCGCAUGACCAUAGCGAGACAGCUUGCAGAGAUCUUGCUUAGGGGGAUGUGUGAGCAGAGUUACUGGUCUCCCCUGGAAGACCCGCCCACAGUGUCCCCAUUGGACGAUCCCACUCGGCAUGGACACGUUCACAGCAAGAACUACACUCUGAGCCGACGCCCUCGAGUGUACUCUGGAGAGAAUCUGUUCUGCCCUCAGGAAAAUACAGAAGAAGCAUUGCUGCUGCUUCUCAUUAGUGAGUCAAUGGCAAAUCGUGAUGCCGUUUUAAGUAGGAUUCCUGAACACAACAAUGACCGCAUCAUAAGCCUCCAGUCUGCCUCUGUUGUAUAUGAUCUUUUGACCAUUGCUCUAGGCAGGAGAGGGCAGUAUGAGAUGCUAUCUGAGUGUUUGGAGAGAGCCAUGAAGUUUGCCUUUGAGGAGUUUCAUUUGUGGUACCAGCUCGCCCUGUCGCUGAUGGCUGCUGGGAAAUCUGCCCGAGCAGUGAAAGUUCUUAAAGAGUGCAUUCGCUUGAAACCGGAUGACCCCACACUCCCACUACUUGCUGUCAAACUCUGUAUUGGACCUCUUCACUGGUUAGAUGAAGGGGAGACAUUUGCAAAGAUGGUGAUUGAAAUGGGAGAGAAAGCAGCAGAGUUCAGAGCUAAAGGAUACUUGGCCGUGGGUCUUGUUUAUAGCCUUAAAGCGACAGAUGCAUCAUUGAGAAGUUUGCAAGAGGAAUACCAGAGAAAGGCCUUGGGUGCAUUCCAGAGAGCCCAGAGUCUAUCACCAACUGACCAUUUAGCAGCUUUCUACCUGGCACUUCAGCUGGCUGUGUCACGCCAGAUUCCUGAGGCUCUGGGAUAUGUGCGACAAGCAUUACAACUACAAGGUGAUGAUGUCCAUUCCCUCCACCUUCUGGCUCUACUGCUGUCUGCACAGAAACACUAUCACGACGCAUUAAAUAUUAUAGAAAUGGCUCUGUCAGAAUACCCUGAGAAUUUUAACUUAUUGUACACUAAAGUAAAGUUGGAGUCGAUGUGCAGAGGACCAGAAGAAGCUCUACUUACCUGUAAACACAUGUUGCAAAUUUGGAAGAGUUUUUAUAACCUUACCAAUCCCAGUGAUUCUGGUCGUGGAAGCAGCUUAUUGGACAGAGCCAUCGCUGACAGACGCCAGCUUAAUGCCAUGACUCUACCUGACUUCAGUGACCCUGAGACUGUUUCUGGUUCUUCCUCGUCUCACUCUGGUUCAGAUCAGAUCUCUCCCACCUCCCCACUUCUUUUGACCAUUGCUCUAGGCAGGAGAGGGCAGUAUGAGAUGCUAUCUGAGUGUUUGGAGAGAGCCAUGAAGUUUGCCUUUGAGGAGUUUCAUUUGUGGUACCAGCUCGCCCUGUCGCUGAUGGCUGCUGGGAAAUCUGCCCGAGCAGUGAAAGUUCUUAAAGAGUGCAUUCGCUUGAAACCGGAUGACCCCACACUCCCACUACUUGCUGUCAAACUCUGUAUUGGACCUCUUCACUGGUUAGAUGAAGGGGAGACAUUUGCAAAGAUGGUGAUUGAAAUGGGAGAGAAAGAAGCAGCAGAGUUCAGAGCUAAAGGAUACUUGGCCGUGGGUCUUGUUUAUAGCCUUAAAGCGACAGAUGCAUCAUUGAGAAGUUUGCAAGAGGAAUACCAGAGAAAGGCCUUGGGUGCAUUCCAGAGAGCCCAGAGUCUAUCACCAACUGACCAUUUAGCAGCUUUCUACCUGGCACUUCAGCUGGCUGUGUCACGCCAGAUUCCUGAGGCUCUGGGAUAUGUGCGACAAGCAUUACAACUACAAGGUGAUGAUGUCCAUUCCCUCCACCUUCUGGCUCUACUGCUGUCUGCACAGAAACACUAUCACGACGCAUUAAAUAUUAUAGAAAUGGCUCUGUCAGAAUACCCUGAGAAUUUUAACUUAUUGUACACUAAAGUAAAGUUGGAGUCGAUGUGCAGAGGACCAGAAGAAGCUCUACUUACCUGUAAACACAUGUUGCAAAUUUGGAAGAGUUUUUAUAACCUUACCAAUCCCAGUGAUUCUGGUCGUGGAAGCAGCUUAUUGGACAGAGCCAUCGCUGACAGACGCCAGCUUAAUGCCAUGACUCUACCUGACUUCAGUGACCCUGAGACUGGCUCAGUCCAUGCCACGUCCAUCGCAGCCAGCCGAGUGGAGCAGGCUCUGUCUGAGGUAGCCUCCUCUCUCCAGAGCAGUGCCCCCAAACAUGGACCCCUGCAUCCCUGGAUGACCUUGGCUCAGAUAUGGCUACAUGCAGCCGAAGUUUACAUUGGGAUGUCUAAGCCAGCUGAAGCCACAGCGUGCACGCAGGAAGCCGCCAACCUGUUCCCCACGUCCCAUAAUGUGCUGUACAUGAGGGGACAGAUCGCAGAGCUGAGGGGCAACAGUGAAGAGGCCAAGCGGUGGUACGAGGAGGCGCUGUCCAUCAACCCCACACAUGUGAAGACCAUGCAGACUGGUAAUGCACAGAAUACACUGUUAAGUUCAUCAGCCAUGAAAAAACCUGUAUUGGUCAAUGUUACGACCCAGCUCGUUUGGGAAUCUCUUUCUUCACAGGGUCUGAUCCUCCACCAGCUCCAGCGCUACAGUCUGUCUGAGAAGGUUUUGAGAGAUGCUGUGCAGGUAAACAGCACGGCUCACGAUGUGUGGAACAGUCUGGGCGAGGUGCUGCAGGCCCAGGGUAACUCUGCUGCUGCCACUGAGUGCUUCCUCACAGCAUUGGAGCUAGAAGCCAGUAGCCCCAUUCUGCCAUUCACUAUCAUACCCAGAGCUCUAUAAUGAAACACACAACACAGUACAUACUUCUAGAGUGUCAGUUGGUGGUUUUCAGAUUCUAAAAUGUGAACUUACUUCCAGAUGCCCCCCCAUCAGAUCCAGAUUUGACUAUUGUUAAGUUUCAAAUGACAUUACAACAUUCUAUAGAUCAGUACUAUUUAAUACAGCUGCAGGGCAGCUAAAAUUAAUAUUUAAAUGUAGAGUUUUGUUGUGAUAUAGCAGGUUCUUAUGUGUAGUCACUAAUAGAAAUCAGGUUUAACAUUUGUAAAUUUACUUUUUAGAUAUUUCAUGGUAAAAUAAGAUGUAAUAAAUAGUAAAAUCUGAUUCUUAUCUCUCAUCACACACUAGAAUCUGAAAACAACCAUUGACUACAUUGUUCUUUGCCAAAAAAAACUCUCUGAUUAUUUUUAUUAGUGUCUAAAUCCCAGAAUUUAUUAUAUUGCAACAAAAAUCUGCAUUUUAACAAUAUCAAUGUUUGCAGCCCCCAUCUGUAUUAAAUAGUUCUGGCCUAUGGAAUAUUGUAAUUGGAAACCCAGUAAUACUGUAUCAGCCCAAAUCAAAGAAUUGUCAAAACCACUUAUACCCAUUUACAUUACUGAUCUGUGAUGCUGUAUACAAAAUUGGAAAAUUUCCAUAACAAGCAGCUUUAUUCAGUUUCUAAUCAGUGCAUUUUUGUAGCCCAGAAUCAAAACAUCAGUGGCCUCACAGGGCUUCACAAAAUUGUUGAAACAGAGAAGCAGUUACUGGUCAAUAUGCUAUAACCUCCAUAUUUCUGUUAAGGCAGCUAUUCUUUUUCCUCUUGUGGUUACUGUCGUCUCUGCCUGGUUAGAAUUGUAUACUAAUUGUACUAAAUAUUAAUAUUGGGCUUACACAAAGAUUAUACUGUUGUUUACAGGAAUGCACACUUUUCCAAGCUGUAACUGAAAACACUAUUCGGUAGGCUAUUGAGCUGUACUACAAUGCUUCUUCGCUUUCCCACAAUGCCUUUCUUUGCUGAGCCUCCUUAGCAUCACAACAGCUGACGGCCUGUUGACAUGUUGCCAUAGUUGCACUUUCAGCAUGUCUGUUGCCACUGUAUUUUGCCUACGAGCGAGUGCUAUCAGUGUCUGUGUUAUCGAUAUGUCCACGUGUGCGUACGUAUGUGUUUAUGUGCCAACUUGUUGCCUCUACAGAUAAGCGUUACUGUAAUUUGCUGUGUGCGUUCUUGCUCUCAGAUGUAAAUAUGACUAAGUUUGAGUUACAUCUCUGCCUUUAUUACAUUAUUUUAGUUACGUUUACAUGCGCUCCACAGUUUUUUCAAAUGUGGAAGUUUUCCUUUUGCCAUGCCAAAUAUUUCAAAAUGAUGUGUUUACUUUACACCGGAUCUCAUCUCUGACCUGUUGUUUUUUGCUGUUCAAACAAAGGAAAUCAAUGUUACUGUAAAGUGGACUGUUAAAGCAUAGGCUGUUGCAAUGUUUGUAAAUAGAAACUACAGCACAUUACUAUAAUUUAUAAUGAAUCUGUCCUCCUGAUCAGAUGCUUUCAAGUAAGCAAUGGAAAUUGGAUGAGUUGAAUUUGUUGAAAUUGCUUAAAUGCGUUUUAUUAUCAAAUAAAUUCUCACGAAAUGGCACUCUAUUACUUCCAAAUGGUGUAGAGACAUUAACAAAAGUAAAUAUUGAAGAGAAUCGCAAUAACUAAAUACGUGAAUAUAGUUUUUCCUUGAAUUUUAUGAAAUACCAAAAUAUAUUGAUGUACAUAAAAUUGUGUUAUUUUAGUAAAUUAUACAUAUUUUUGCUGUAAAUGGGACCUGAUUCGUUUUGAUUUGAGCUGUACAGGAGUGACUGAAAUGUGAAUAAAAGAUUUAAACUGA